AUGAACUUAGUUACUAAAACUACUAAAUGCUGUUGCUGCAUUCCCUUGAGAGGAGGGGUUAUUAUUAUAACGCUGUUAUCUUUGAUUGGAACUGUACUUAAUAUUGUCAGUGACAUAUUGUCAAUCGUAAAUGGCGGUAAUAAUAAUAAUAAAACAACUUCAAUUAUAAGCCUAAUAUUUGGUACUUUAUUCUUUCCAAUCUUUGUUUUUGGGCUUUUCGUUUUAUGUUGUGCGAAAACAGCACGUCUUUUAAGAAUUUAUUCUAUACUUUAUAACAUUUUCACGGCUAUUGAAAUUAUCGGCAUUAUAAUCUCAAUAAUUUUAUUUUUUGUAUUUAAAAACUCCUAUGUGAAUGAUUGUAUCAAUAUAAAUCAAUCUAAUGGAAGUUCUAGCAAUGAUCCAGUGGGCGAUUGUAAUCAUGAAUUUAGGGUGGUUGGAAUCGUGUUGGUUAUUAUUUACAUUAUAGUUAUUAUUCUCUUGAUUCAUUUUGCCUUGGUCAUUGCCGCUUACGCUGCAAACCGUAGAGCUAAAGAAGACAAUGCUUCUUCAGGACGCGAAGUUUCAGAAAGCAAUGUUUCUUCAGCGCAUGAAAUUUCGACACCCGGUGUUACUGGGAAAAAAUCUGAGAUUUAA